GGGGAGGAGGUGCCUUUAAAAGGGAGCCAGCUGGCCGGGGCGGCCAAUUUACACCCCAAGCUGUACCUGCAGUUGAAGCUUCUCCCCCAGAGCCUAUCAGCAUGGCCCAGGAGUUUGUGAACUGCAAAAUCCAGCCCGGGAAGGUGGUGGUGUUCAUCAAGCCCACCUGCCCCUACUGCAAGCGGACCCAGGAGCUGCUGGGCCAGCUGCCCUUCAAACAGGGGCUUCUGGAAUUCGUCGAUAUCACAGCCACCAACAACACGGAGGAGGUCCAAGACUAUUUGAAACAGCUCACGGGAGCCCGGACGGUCCCGCGGGUCUUCCUGGGCACAGAGUGCAUCGGAGGCUGCUCGGAGCUGGUGAGCAUGCAUCAGAGCGGGCAGCUGUUGAUGCGGCUGAAGCAGAUGGGAGUCCUGCAGUGACGGCAGAGCUGAGCCUAGAUGGACGUCCCCGUGGAGAGCUGCAGCGUAUGGCCCAGGAUGACCACACGUCUGGUGGAUGGAUCUGGGCCUGCCUUCAUUCAGCCCAGCAAUUGUUUACUUCAAAUUUUGAAAUAUGUUAACCAAUCAUGGCAUGAUUGGGGGAGCACAAUCAAUUUUUUCUUUUGGACUCAGUAUUAAUAAAAGGAACCAACUUGCCACGAACCCCAGGGCCAGAGAGGCUGAUCUCAGGUUCUGCUGGAUUGGCCCUCCUGGGCCUAACUGUGAUAAGUUAAAAUUAUCGUUCAUCCUCUGACCCAAAAGGUUUUCUUUCUUUCGGGGCACUUGACUCUGAUGCCUGCCAUGUUCCAGACUCCUCUACCUCUUAAGUCAGUAUUUCUCAACCAAGGUUAUCCAAGUUCUUGCUCCAACAUAAAUCUAUAGAUGGUUGCAAUUGUUUUAUUUGGUUUGGAUUUACGGAACUGCAUAUGAAAGCUAAGGGUAUUUUUUUUUUUAUUUUUUAUUGAGUCACCAUGUGGAAAGUUACAAAGUUUUCAGGUUUAAAUCUCAGUUAUACAAUGCUCGAAUUAAGGGUAUUUUGAAGGUUCUUCUUCAGACUAACCAAAGGGGUCAAUAAACCCAUCUGAUCCUGGCUCAAGAAUCACUAAAGUGUUCUAAGAUUGGAUCACUCAUGGUUCUCAAAGGAAAGUCCAACAAUUCUGUGAAGGCUUUAGGACGUGAUUUGAGAGAUUGUAUAUGCAUAGUUUGGCAUGAACUGUCUUCACUUGGUACCACAAGAAUUAGAGGUAUGAGUGCUCAGCCACAUGAGAGGAUGAUUCUGUGCAAGUGUUUAUUAAUUCAAUUAAAAUUACCCACAAAAGUUAAACAUAAAAAACAAAGUACCAUCCUAGAAAGUAGCCUCUUCCCCCAGAAUAUCUAAGAGAAACCAAGUCUGAGAAACUCUGACCUAAAUGUUUUUCUUUUCCCAUCACCCCUCAAGUUUCCCAAAACUUAGAAUCCCUUACAUGAAGUUUGUCUGUUCUAGAAUUGCAAGAUUAAGGUAAUAUGUUCUACAUUCUCUGUAUGAAUGCUUAAUUUUUGUAAUAAAGAGCACCCAGAGAUAAGUGAUUUUUGUUCAAUUCUUCUGAUGUCAAGACCUUAAGGAAUGCCAUUAGUGUGAAGCAUAUCAUUGUAAGGCUUUAUUCAUAUUUAUAUUUGUUCCCUACUUUCAGAAAUAAAUGCCUGUUAUUAUCACUAA